AUGAGACGUGCAAGAACCAAGUCAAAUCCUUUCGAGACAAUACGUGGAAACAUUUUCUUAAACCGUGCAGCAGUGAAAAUGGCAAAUAUGGAUUGCAUGUUUGAUUUCAUGUUCACAAAUCCUGUUGAUGAGAGAGGCACCUCACUUGUCAGUAGCAACGAUCUUUUAUACUUUGCUGAUGUCUGUGCUGGUCCUGGAGGAUUCUCUGAGUACAUUUUAUACCGUAAAAAGUGGGAAUCAAAAGGAUUUGGAUUUACAUUGAGAGCUGAGAAUGAUUUUAAAAUUGAGGACUUUUUUGCUGGACCAUCGGAAUCUUUCUCACCUUUUUAUGGCAUUAAUGAAGAUGGAAACGUCUACGAUCCUGAAAAUAUUCGCUCGCUGGAAGAGCUUAUCAAAGAUGAAACCGAAUCUGGAGUUCACUUUAUGAUGGCUGAUGGAGGUUUUUCAGUUGAAGGACAAGAAAAUAUUCAAGAGAUUCUAUCAAAGCAGUUAUAUCUCGCACAGUGCCUCGUUGCAUUAACAAUUGUUCGUACGAAAGGACAUUUUGUUGUGAAACUUUUUGACCUUUUCACACCUUUUAGUGUUUCGCUUAUUUAUUUGAUGUACAAAAGUUUCCAACAAAUUUCAAUUUGCAAACCAAAUACAAGUCGUCCAGCAAAUUCUGAACGUUAUCUCGUGUGUAAAUGGAAGAAAGCUUACACAGAUUCAAUUCAAAGAUAUUUGUUUGAAGUGAAUGAAGAACUUUGGCGACACAAAGAAGGCGCCAACGAUGACAUUCUUGAGUUGGUGCCUUUGAGUGUUAUGCAGAACGAUCGCGAAUUCUUUGAUUAUAUGUAUAACAGUAACAACAUUCAUGGCAAGAAUCAAAUUGUGGGACUUUUGAAGAUUGCAGCCUACUGUCAAGAUCCCGAAUUGUGUGAAUCAAAACAAUCAGAAAUCAGAAAGAAAUGUCUGAAUAUGUGGAAGUUACCAGAUGAGAAUCGAAAGAAACCAAUCAUAAAAAUGAAUGAACAAUAUUGUGCACAAUUAUUAGAACAAAAGUGGCUUAAAGAGAAGUUUAUGUCAGCACCAGAACGACCAUUGGAAGCACCUGAACACCUCAAAAGUCAAAUUAUCUCAGUUCUUGAUUGGUAUUUUGUUGGAGUAGACGACAUAAACAAAUCAAGUAAAAAUCGAACAUUUUACAUGUCUCGUGGUCGUCAUGAUGUUGUCAGUUACAACAUGAAUACAAAUACUUGGGAGCCAUUGACAGAUCGUCAGUUGGAGAUGUCAGGCGAUACUUUACUUUACGGCGAGAUUGUCAAAGAAUUAAUUGGCGAGAAUCGCGGACAAAUGGCAUCAACAGCUUUUCAUAUCAUCGAUGGCAUUGUUUUAGGUGGAAAAGAUGUUCGUCAUUUGUCGCUUGUUGAACGAAAUCAAAUGUGUCAGAAAUUUGCAAAAUCACUUAUGAAACCAGCGCAAUGUUACAACAACAAAUCGAUGCCCAUUCGUUGUAAACGAAUCUUCAAAUUGACAGAAAUUGAGACGUUCUUUGAAGGUUUAGUGCCACGUCGCCUCAAGAAUGGAAUCCAGAAAUUGGGAUAUGACAUCGGACGUAGUAACAACAACACGAAUCGCUUUUACAUUCCUCAUGGUCUUUUAUUACUUGAUGAGGUGAGAAGUGACAAAAUGCGAUGCUUUUCGAACAGUCAACAGAAGAUCUUUUACUUCGAUAAGAACACACAGAAAUCAGAUUUUCCUGAGAAUCUCCAACCAACCGAAAAAUACGCUUCAUUCAAGAACACAUUUACAAAUCGAUUAAUAUGGAAAUUUAAUAUUCUAGAACAAAUUCUGGAACGGCGGACGGAGGAACAAAAACAGAAAAACAAAGAUUGUUUAUAUCGAGACGAUUUUACAAAUUAUAUUAAAAGUAAAACGCCAUUCAACAUUUGUUAG